GAAAUUUAGGAUCGUUUCCUCUUUCCUGUUGAGAUAAACUUAGUUAUCUCGUAAAGUUUGCGCGCAGUUUAAAGUCAGCUCAGUCUUUAUAUUUGUAAAAUUCUGCCUGAAAUGAGUUAAGAAGUUGCGACUUAUAGGUUGUUAUCACCGUAAAGGAAAAUAUUACAUUUUUAUUUAUUAUAUUAAUUAAAACAACAGCAGAGUUUUGACGUCAUGGCGUCGAGUUCAUCUUCAUCUGUCAAUUACGACUGGAUUCCGGCCAUCGCUCUGAACUACGGCGUGAGAAAAAAACUGGCUCUGUAUCUAAACCCCACCAACACUGUGGCAGCAGACUGGACAGACAUCGCCGAGAAAAUGGAGUUCACCUACCUGGAGAUCAAAAACUACGAGAAGCUGGAAAACCCCACCAAGAAGCUGCUGGAGGACUGGCAGACUGGAGCAGGGGCCACGGUGGGGAAACUACUGUCCAUCCUGGAGCAGGCAGAGAGGAAAGACAUCAUCUCGGACCUGCGGUCACUAAUAGAUGAAGACUGCAGGAUUUAUGAAGAAAGACAGAAGGAGCUUCCUGUUCAGGUGCCCGAGGUGGACAGCAGGGGCCAGGAUCGAGGCAUCACUGUAAAUGACGGACACAUGCCGGAGAUGUUCGACGCUUUCAUUUGCUACUGCCAGAGCGACUUCCAGUUCGUCCAUGAGAUGAUCAGACAGCUGGAGCAGACCGAAUACAACCUGAAGCUGUGUGUGUUUGACCGGGACGUUCUGCCUGGGACGUGCGUGUGGACCAUCACCAGCGAGCUCAUUGAGAGAAGGUGUAAGAGGAUGGUGGUCGUCAUUUCUGAUGACUACCUGGACAGCGAUGCCUGUGACUUCCAGACUAAAUUCGCUCUCAGCCUUUGUCCAGGCGCUCGGACCAAGCGGCUGAUCCCUGUGGUCUACAAGCCCAUGAAGAGGCCUUUUCCCAGCAUUCUGCGCUUCCUGACCGUGUGUGACUACACCAGACCCUGCACACAGUCCUGGUUCUGGGUUCGACUGGCCAAAGCUCUGUCCCAGUCCUGAGCAUCGUCCAUGCAGCUCACUGACUGAGUGACUGUCGUUAAAGUUUACAUGCACUGCUACACAAGCUCAACAUUUCUGGUACUAAACGAAUUCUUCUUCUCAAGCUGCCGAGCCCAAAUGUCAUAGCUGUCGAAUUGAUGUCUUGCUUAAGAGUUAUUAAAUGGAAUUGAAAUGAAAUGUCACAUUAAUUCACACACAUUCAUAUGUAUAGAUAGAAGCAGGAGAAAGAGAGCGAGAGAGAGAGAGGCAUUAUAUGAAUUGAACACA